GUAUCCAAUGGAUGUUGCGUAGUUACCGCCAUUGCCUUGACGCUGGUCUCGGAGCAGCGAGUCCCUGACUGCGGCUACCACAUUUCAGCAAUAUGGAGGGCGUUUUAUACCUUCUCGUUGGUUCAUUUUAGGAGCGGAGGGAAGAUGGCAGAGAGGUUGGAGUGGGUGGAGAUCAUUGAACCCCGCACCAGGGAGCGUAUGUAUGCCAACCUACUGACAGGCGAGUGUGUGUGGGACCCCCCGCAGGGAGUUUGCAUCAAGCGGACUGGUGAAAAUCAGUGGUGGGAACUGUUUGACCCCAACACUUCUCGCUUCUACUACUACAAUGCCUCCACCCAGCGAACAGUGUGGCACAGGCCUCAAGGAUGUGACAUCAUCCCGUUAGCCAAGCUUCAGACCCUGAAGCAGCACACAGAUGCCAUUAAUCCCCGCUCUACUGCUGGAGGGGAAGGGAGAGGAUCUGCAGACAACAGCCCAGGACGUAACAGCGGGGUCAGCCGAGAAGGAAGCACUUCCUCCUCCCUGGACCAGGAGCUUUGUGAAAAGCAGAGCAGCAAAGAUGAAGUAGAGAGGACUUCUUCUUUCCGCUGGAAUACUGGUACAAAGGAGCGGAUGCUCAUCAAGGUGACAGACAGGGAGCCCAGCUUUUUGGCUCAUCAAGGAAAUGGCUACUCACUCUGUGAAUCCCCAACGCCUGGAGGAGCCAACACCUUGCGAAACCGCCAUUCAUCUGGAGGAAACCCCCCCUCAGAACCAAAUGGCUCACCGGUUCUCUACUCUGACCGUCGUCAGUCUCCAUAUCUGAAGCGAGCCGAGUUAGGCAGCAGUGGAACCCACCGCCGCCCCUCCGCUGAGUCCCAGCCUCCAUCACCCCGUUACGCCUUUGAGCCCCCCCUGUAUGAGGAACCUCCAUCUGAUUUUAAGCCACCACCCAUCUAUGAAGAGCCACCUAUUGACAUGAACCUUUCAGACUCAUCUUCCCUUUAUGGUACAAACAAAUCACCAUCCCGGAAGUCUCCAGCUCCCUUCUACCACUCCCCCAAGCAGAACCAGUCAUCCUAUGGUCAACUGGUUCUGACGAGGCAAAAAUGUCCAGAAAAAGCUCAGAGCCUGGAGUACAGUCCUGUAGGAAAGGAAUAUGUCAAGCAGCUGGUGUACGUGGAACAGUCAUCUUCCAGUCCACGCUUCAAGACUACUGACCGUCUACAGCGUUAUGGUACUAAUGGAGGCUUUGGUGGAUCUUUUGGAGGGUCCUAUACUCUGCAGCAUAGCCAGUCUCUGAUUAGAGAUCCCCGCCAACUUUUGGACUACCGUGGAGAGGGAGGAGAAGGAUCUCAAAGGUUUAUCUUUGAAGACUCCAUUUCCUGGACAUCUAGUCAGACUCACUCUCUGUCCUCCUCCUCUACAGCUGGGCCAGGUGGUUUCUCCCCCAGUGGCAAUCGUAAACGGAAGAGCCGCAAGCCAUCCCUUCCUCAGGAGCUGGGAUGCUGCGGAAAAGAGGAGCUCCCUGGCACAGGAUCAGAGGUCAUGCUGGCCCAGGCCAGGCUGGCAUGGGAAGCCCAGCAGGUCAUGAAACAGAGGAGCAGUUGGGACUCUGGUCAGGGAGGAGGAGUAACCCAAUGCAGCAGCUCCAAAGAUGGCUAUGAAAGCGAUGGGGCAGUGCCUCUCCCACUGCCAGGACCUGUGGUAAGGGCAUUCAGUGAGGAUGAGGCACUAGCCCAGGGCGAUGGCCAUCACUGGAAACGCAGUACCUUUGACCGUUUGGGGUUCCCUCAGGCACUGCUGGAGAAGAGCCUCUCUGUCCAGACCAAUCUGGCUUCCCCUGAGCCUUACCUGCACCCUUCCCAGUCGGAGGACCUUGGUGCCUGUGCCCAGUUUGAAGCCAGUCGAAAUGCCAGGAAUAUGAUGCCAAGUGCAAGCUGUGGCAUAUUCUCAGAAUUUAGCUUGAGAAAGCCCUCCUCAGAGACUGACAUUGAAAACUGGGCAUCCAAGCAUUUCAACAAACAUACACAGGGUUUAUUUCGGAGAAAAGUUUCCAUUGCCAACAUGCUAGCUUGGAGCAGUGAGCCCAUCAAGAAGCCAAUGAUAGUGACUACAGACCGAGGCGUAAAGAAGGAGGCUGUGGACAUCUUUAAGCUCAUACAGACUUUUAUGGGAGACCGUCGCUCCAAAGCGGACCCUCUUUCACUGGCUCUGGAGGUGGUGGUGCGGGGGUGGAGUAACCAGGGUCUCCGUGACGAGCUCUACAUCCAGCUGUGCCGUCAAACUACAGAGAAUUUCCGGUAUGAUAGCCUGGAGCGUGGUUGGGAGCUGAUGGCCAUCUGCCUCGCCUUCUUUCCUCCCACUCCCCGUUUCCACACCUACCUGGAGGGAUACAUCUACAGACACAUGGACCCACUGAAUGACACCAAAGGAGUUGCUAUUAGCAGCUACGCCAAAUACUGCUACAGGAAACUAAUGAAAGCUGCUUUGACUGGAGCCAAAAAGGGGCUCCAGAAGCCCUCUCUCGAGGAAAUCCAGCACGCCAGGAAUGCCAUAUUUAGUCCAUCCAUGUUUGGCUCUUCAUUAGAGGAAGUAAUGGUGCUUCAGAAGGAGCGAUAUCCAGACCGCCAGCUGCCUUGGGUCCAGACCCGUCUCUCUGAAGAGGUUCUGGGUCUCAAUGGCGACCAAACAGAGGGCAUUUUCAGGGUUCCAGGGGACAUAGACGAAGUUAAUGCUCUAAAGCUGCAAGUUGAUCAAUGGAAAAUUCCCACCGGACUGGAAGAUCCACACAUCCCAGCUUCUCUGUUGAAACUCUGGUACCGGGAACUGGAAGAGCCACUGAUCCCUCACGAGUUCUACGAGAAGUGUAUCAGUAGCUAUGAUAACCCAGAGGCUGCUGUCAAUGUGGUUUUGGGCCUGCCUCACAUCAACAAGCUGGUACUCUGCUACCUCAUUCGCUUCCUGCAGGUUUUUGCCCAACCUGCCAACGUAGCCAUUACCAAGAUGGAUGUGAACAACUUGGCCAUGGUCAUGGCUCCUAACUGUCUACGUUGCCAGUCAGAUGAUCCCAGGGUGAUCUUUGAGAACACCCGUAAGGAGAUGUCCUUCAUUCGGGUGCUCAUCCAACGACUAGACACCAGCUUCAUGGAUGGGAUCUUAUAGCGCCCCCUACAGCUGUUCAGUGACCGACAGCCUCUCCUGUGCUCCCUUUAACCAGCUCCCUGCACACUCCCACAGCACAUAGACACCAUACAUUCAAAUUAUUGCUGCUGGUGAAUUCUUGGCAAGUUCAUUUUUACUUUUGACGACAAAAACUGCCUUGAUUUGAGUUUGGCUGCUUUACAUUUUGAGUUGUAUCAGCUGUUUCUGUAAUAUUGCAUAUAAACCACCAAUGUUUGGUUGGGUUUGCAGAACCUAACAGUACUGUGUGUGCCUUCACAUCCAUUAUUACACUAUAGACAUUCAGCUUGAAGAUUUUUGCAGGGAUCUCAUAAUUAUAUGAAUUUCUCUUUCAGAUCUGCAGACCUCUGGUUAAUUGUAAGUUUUGUAUGAAGUUCUUUUCACUUUCUGUUUGCCUGGCUUAAAGAGACAUUCACCGUCAAUUGGACACUUCCAUACAAGUCUUACAAGUCUGCAGUAAUGCCAUCUGAUGUAGAGGCGUGUUCUUCAGUAAAAUUAGUGCACGUUUAUCAGACAUUCCACUAAUGUCUCACACUUCACUGGAGAAAUGGCUUUAUCAACAUAGUUUGGCUCUAUCUUUUAGUCAUUGUUAUAGACUCCCACUAAACUUAUUAGGAGCUAAGAACUGUAAUGGAAUACAUUUGGUCAUUUGUUAUCCAUUUGUGAUCUUGCCUGAAGAUUAACAGAAAAUCAGGAAAACCACGGUGUCAUGCCUGUAGACACAGGAACAUCCUGCUGAAGAAGAUGGAGCCCCAUCUUGAUUACAGUGCAGUGAAGUUUACUUCUCUGAGUUUGAAGAAUUUUCAUAAUGAUCCGAGGUUUAUGAAGACAGGCUGUCCUCACCCUGAAGUUUUUCUGUUUAGGGGCAGCUUAAACACUUGAGUUCAAUUCCUUUAAAUCACAUGAAGUGAUUCAAAAGCUUGAUUCCAGCAGGUAUUGAUGCUCUACACUCACCAGCCACUUUAUUAGGUACACCUGUCCAACUGCUCAUUAAAGCAAUUGUUGCAUCAACCAAUCACACGGCAGCAACUCAAUGCAUUUAGGCAUGUAGACAUGGCCGAGACAAUCUGCUGUUGGUCAUGUCAACAGCAGAGCGUUAUGUCACUUGGCAUGGUUGUUGGUGCCAGACGGGCUGGUCUGAGUAUUUCAGAAACUGCUGAUCACAACCAUUUCUAGGGUUUAUAGAGAAUAGGCCGAAAAAGGAGAAAAUAUCCAGUAAGCAGCAGUUCUGUGGACCAAAUGCCUUGUUGAUGCCAGAGGUCAGAGGAGAAUGGCCAGACUAAUUUGAGCUGAUAGAAAGCCAAAAGUAACUCAAAUAACCACAAAUGAGGUAUGCAGAAGAACAUCUCUGAACGCACAUCAUGCCAAACCUUGAGGCGGAUGGGCUACAGCAGCAGAAAACCAUACCAGGUGCCACUCCUGCCAGCUAAGAACGGGAAACCGAGGCUACAAUUCACAGAGGUUCACCAAAAUUGUACAAUAGAAUAUGUGUUGUGGUUUGAUGAGUUUCGAUUUCUGCUGCGACAUUUGGAUGGUAAAGUCAGAAUUUGGAGUCAAUGAGAUGAAAGCAUGGAUCCAUCCUUGCUUAUAUCAACGGUUCACGCUGAUGGUGGUGGUGCAAUGGUGUGGGGAUAUUUUCCUGGCACAUUUUGGGCCUAUUAGUACCAAUUGAGCAUCGUGUCAAUGCCACAACCUACUUGAGUAUUGUUGCUAUCUCCAUCCCUUUAUGACCACAGUGUGCCCAACUUCUGAUGGCUGCUUCCAGCAGGAUAACGCGCCAUGUCAUAAACCAUGAAUCGUCUCAGACUGGUUUCUUGAACACGACAAUGAGUUCACUGAACUCAAAUGGCCUCAACAGUCACCUGAUCUCAAUCCAAUAGAGGACCUUUGGGAUGUGAUGGAAUGUGAGAUUCACAUUCUGGAUGUGAAGCUGACAAAAUCUGCAGCAACUACAGGAUGCUAUCAUGUCAAUAUGGACCAGACUCUGUGAGGAAUGUUUCCAGUACCUUGUAGAAUCUGUGCCGCAAAGGAUUAAGGCAGUUCUGGAGGCAAAAGGGGGGUUCCAACCAGCAAAGUGUACCUAAUAAAAUGGCCGGUGAGUAUAUAAUAACGUCUUUGAUCUGUAACAUUUGCACAGUAUCAGAUUUGCCAUAAGUUUAAUUUCCACAAGGUUUUUUAAAUAUUUGAAUUGCUCCUCUCCCCAGACCAAGCUGCUGGUUGUGAUUGAUUAAUUGAUUAAUCAACUGAUUAAUUGGCCAUGUGAUCAAACCAGCAGGACCAAGCAAAGAGCUCUGAUCUGCCUAUAGCUGAGCAGCUUCUAGUUUUGUCCUCCUGAUUCAGUUAAUCUUUGUUGUUACUAAGCAAACCAGUAAAUAAUGUCCUCAAAUUGAACAGUUAUCAUCAGUGAGACCUGCUGACAGAUGCAAAAGCAGCAUUGUUGGUUCCCUAAGUUUUUCUGCACGUUUGAAUGGACUGUCUGUGGUUUUCUCCCAAACUGCUCACUGAAAUCUUUCACUUCAUCUGUGUGGUGCUGAUCAAGUGCUAAUGGCUUUCACUUUGACUCCAUAACACAUGAUUCCAGGAUGCAAGUUGUUCCCACAGCCUUGUGCUCUACAGUUUUGGUUUCUCAGAAUGAAAUCUUCACAUUUGUUGACUCUGCCAAAAUGGAUUUUCACCAUGGAUCAGCUCCCCAGAAGCUGAGCUCCAGAUCCAUGGAGGAUCAAUGAUAUCACUGCCAGUGUUCCCCUCCUCGAAUACUAUUAGCUACUUUGGGAUUUCACAGCUGCUUUAGCAGGAACUGAGACACGAGAGCCCAAAGAGAAUCCGUCGAACAUUUCCCUCAGCCCAGACAGGCCUUUCAGCUCACUAGUGUUUAAUCGGUGUGUGCAUGUGUUCAUUUGUCAUCCAUUCAGUCUUUGAGUAAACAAUGGUGUAUUUGUUUGAAAUAUUUUCUAUGUUUAACAGUUUGUUUUUAACCGAUUCUUUGAUAAAUAAUUUAUUUAUAUUUAUUUCAGAUUUUUCUAAUGCCUUUGACAUGCUGUAUUGUACUUAAGUGUGUAUGUUGGGCAUUGUGUGUGUGUGUGUGUGUAAUUCUCAACAUGCAGGGUGCAUACACAUUGAUGUUGUUGGUCGACUGUGAGCAAACAGUCGACUGAUCAUUGUCAUCAUUAAGCUGAUGACUUAAUGAUCAGGCAUAUGAUCAAACAGUCAAGCUAUUUAUCCCUUCAAACAUUAAUUUAAAGUGAGUCUCUGAAGACAAAAAACUGUGCAUUUUACUAGCCUAACUAGUUUCUCCUAUAAAAAUCCACUUGUCUGUAAUAAUCUUCCUUAUAUCAAGUUAACACUAGACUUGAUGUAAAAAAAAUUAAAACUGGUUACAUGCCAUUUAACAAUUGUCAUUGCAUAAAUUACUGCACUAACUUUCUUAUUGAAGGGGAGAAUUUUAACAGCUACCGGAAAUGAAAGGCCAGAUGUGCGCAGCCAUAUUCACCCCUUAAAAUUAUUACUUCUGUUACCAAGUCUGUGUUUUGCACACAGCUUAUCAUCCAGAUACAGACUUUAUAUGUGAAUCUAUAGUGUGUAGGCUGUGACAAUGGGUAGACACAGAGAUACUAUCUUUGCUAAAUGCAAAUGUCAGUUUUUAAAUUGACUGAGGACUGGAAGACCCAGUCUAAAUUCCUGCCAUGUCAGCAGUCCAGUAGUAUGUACAUAUCCACACUAAACAGUUUUGGGUUUGGGGUUAGGGUAGGGUAUUUCAGAUGCUCUCUAUAAUUUCAAUGACACCAACAUGACCAAAGGUGUGACUGUAGUGCUGAUUGACUUCUUCAAACAAGACAGUCAGCUUGAUUUAUGUUUGGCCCAUCAAGCUCCAAUGUCAUUUUUGAUAUUGCUAAACAAUUCUGGGAUAUUUUGGUUGGUUUGGUAAGCCUGUGUUUGGUCUGUGGGAGCUGUUUUGAUGUGGCAGUGUGAAUGUUUGGUGUUUUUAAUGCAACAGAUUGGCUGGUUGUAAGGCAAGCAACCGAUGAACAUGCUAAACAACCAAUUAGCAUGUUCAUAGGGUCACCCUUGUCCUAAGCUGAAGUUUAUUACAAUGUGACAGAGAAAUCAAGGUAAAAUUGAAGCAAUCUUUAAUGCUAGUUUUAAAGUCAAUAAACAAAACAGCAGUCUUCUUAAUCCUAUUUUGGAUCCUUUUUUUCCUACUUUGUUUGUACUUAUGAUGAAU